UUAAUAGUGUUGGCUUCAGAGCCAGAGAAGCCAGAAGAUAGUACCCUCGCCCUCUACCACUGUAAAAUCCCAUUUAUCUCUCUAGGGUUUUAGGCCGAUCACCGCCACCGUUUUCGGUUCUGUGCCACCACCACCACCACCAUCCCUAAUGAAAACUAGUGAAUAAUAAAAUAUAAAAAAAUGGGCAGCAGCAGCAGGUUCCUAAUGCUCCUUUCCCCCUCCUCCCCUUUCCUCCAUCACCACCGCCCCCCUUCCUCUCUCCUCCGCCUCUCCCGCCACCGCAUCCUCCUCUCCUUCCAACGCAACUACUUUUCUCCAUCUUGCCCUUUGGCCCCCACUACUAAAAACAGAAAAAACUCAUCUUUUCUCCUUCUCAAACAUUCCCCCCGCCAUUUUCUCACCCAAUCCACCCCCGCAAAUUUAGCUAACUCCUCCCUACGGGCUCCACCCCACCAUCCGUGGCCCGAAUUCUCCGCUCUCCUCGAUAACCUCUCAACCGCCGGCUACUUCAAUUCCCCCCAUACUUACAACGAGUUUGCGUCGGCUGCUCCCGAGUUCCCGGAGGAGUUUCUAGGCGUGCUCAAUGCGUGCUUGGGUUUCGCACAUGAUAGAACAGACAUUUUAAGAUUGCUUUCGAGGAAAGAAAUUGAGGUGGUGGUGCAAAAUGGGACCCCGUUUUUGUUCAAGGACGGAGAGGAGUCCGUGAGGAGGUUGACUCUGUUUCUUGCGAGUGGCGAAAGCAAUGUCAGGGAUGUUGAUAAAGCAAACAUGGUUGAUUUGAUGAGGUAUUUAUUGAGUUAUGCAAGCAAUGUUACUGCAUCCCUAGAGAGAAGCAAUCUCUAUAACAGAGAGCUUGUUGAAUCAUCUGUCCGACAUUUGUUGGGUGAGUUGGCCAAAUUGAGUGACAGUUCUGCGGUGUCAAACUAUCCUGGAUAUGAACAUACUCAACUCCCAGAUAGAAAUGGACAAAUGCCGAGGUCUUUUGGGCAGAAUGUUGAAAUGAAAAGAGGUGACUGGGUUUGUCCAAGGUGUAAUUUCAUGAACUUUGCUAGAAAUGUGAAAUGCCUUGAGUGUGAGGAAGCACGGCCCAAGAGGCAAUUGACCGGUGGAGAGUGGGAGUGCCCGCAAUGUGAUUUUUUUAAUUAUGGGAGGAAUAAAGUAUGCUUAAGAUGUGAUUGCAAGCGUCCUGGAGAAAUCUCUCUUGAUAAUACCUACUCCAGGCUGGGUAUGAUAUACAGCAAUGGGAACUCCUCAAAUAAGGCUGAUCUCGAUAGGAGAUUAGCUGCCAAUGAAGAGAAGGCACAACGAUGGUUUAGUAAGGUUUCUCAGCUUGACAGUACUUCUGAUAUGAGCAGUGCCAUAGCCGAUGAAGAUUUUCCUGAAAUCAUGCCUUUGAGAAAAGGUGUUAAUAGAUUUGUUGUAAGUACAAGGAAAACACCUUUGGAGAGGAGGUUGGCCAGUGCUCAGUACCGAAGAAACAUGGAUAAUGAUGGCAUUCCAGAGCAUAACAAUUUUCAAACUGGGGGAGAAAAUAAGACACUGGAUGCAAAAGUUAACCGGAGUUUAGAUGAGAUUCUUGGUCGUUCAUCUACCACUUCUGGUUCUAAUGAUGAUAGUAUCAAUGGUGGAGCAGAAAAUCCUGUGUCUACUUCUACUUCUACUGCUAUGCAGGAUGGGAAUCCUAGAGGAACCAAUUCUAAUUAUGUUCCAUAUGUGCCAUUACCAGCAGAUAUGUUUGCUAAGAAACCUGAAUCUUCAAAGAUACAGGAGAGUCAGAAGGCUGUAUCAAAUGACCAACAGUCUGGUGUUUCAAAUACAGUUGGACAAACAGAUGCUGUUUCUAGGAGUGAGGAGUUGAGCAAGUCUCUAGAAAGUCAGCAACUCUCUGAGAAUAUAAUGAAUGAGAAGGAGAGCAGCGAUAAAGAGCUAGAACAAGCUGAAAAAUCUCAGAGAUGGUUUAAGAAGGUUGCCGAGCUCCAUAAUGUUACGGAUCUUGCCAAUGCAAUUCCUGAUGAGGACUUUCCUGAUAUCAUGCCAAUGCGCAAAGGUGAGAAUCGAUUUGUAGUCAGCAGAAAGAAAGACCAUUCUUUGGCUUCUCCUACUUACAAGAGGCGAGCAGCAAUGGAGCAAGCUGGCAAUACCAAUUAUGUUCCCUUUGUCCCCUUCCCACCUGGCUACUUUGCUAACAAGGAUAAGCAGCAGCCUGAGGGAACAGAUUCUAGUGCAAAAGUAACUGGUGAAACUUCAACCUCUGUGACACCAGAGAAGAAUUCUGAGAAGUUAUCUGAGGUGUCUGUUGCAGAGGUAAAUCAAGAGACUCAAAGCUGGAGCUCAAAACUUUCUGGAGAGAACUUAAAUGAGAGAAGGAGAGAUGCAGCAACUAAGGCACAGACCAGUGGAUAUUCAAACCAGAAUUCUAUCAAUCCCCAAACGAGUAACAAUGAUAAUUUGAGUAGUGGAAACCCAACUAAUGACAGCAGGAAAAGGACGACAAAUUUGACAGGAAGUUCACCUCAACCAUCUGGGGAUCAGAAUGUUAGGAGCACCUGGAGUGGAAAGAGUUUGGAAGGUUCAGCGGUGAAGGAACCAGAUCCAUUGGACAUGUCGGAGGAGGCCAAAGCAGAGAGGUGGUUUCGCCGUGUUGCCCAGAUAAAGGACAUUUCAGAGCUUAGCCAGAUCCCUGAUGAAGAUUUCCCGUCGAUAAUGCCUAUGAGGAAAGGGGUGAAUAGGUUUGUCGUUAGCAAGCGGAAAACACCACUGGAGAGGAGGUUGACAUCCCAACAGUAUCGGAGAAAUCUUCCAACUGUGAACUCAGAUCCGGGGAAAAAGGAAAGUGAUGGAAGCUGAAGAAAGAAAACCAAUUUUGGUAAUAUUAUGAUAAUUUCUUUUUGGAACACCCAAUCAUGAUGUUUGUUUGUUGGCUAAUUUGUUUCACUUCAUUACUAGAGAAGGAAAAAGAAACCUUCACCAAUUUGGUGUACCAUUCAUCUUUUUGUGUGCAUGGAAAUUGAAAGAUGCCAUACUAUUUUCUAUGAGAUGCAAGUUAGGACGUUUCUUUCUA